AAUCACACCAAGAUUCCUGACUUGAUUUUUAGUUCUUAGACCCCUAGAGUCAAGGUAUGCCUUGACUGGGGGCCCUGAACGGGCACACAAUGUGAAAUACACUAUAAAUGGCUACACAAAUGGCUCUGUACCAGAUCUGGACAUUUGUGCCCACUCCAAAGUCAGCUGGCACCUGCUGGGAAUGAGCUCUGAGCCAGAGCUCUUCUCUGUACACUUCAAUGUGUAAGUCCUUCUGCAUGAUGGACACAAAACCUCAUCUGUUGGCAUCAUUAGUGGAACUGCCACUAGUGCCAGUAUGACUGGUGUCCACCCCGGCUGCUGGCUUAUUUCCUCUCACAUUAGCAGGCACUUGGAAACUGGUUUGUAUGGAUAUCUAAAUAUCAAGACGUGUGAUGAGUACACAGCACCAAAUAGAUGGCUUACCAUCCAACAGAAACAAGAAAGCCAAGACUGGACUUACUAUAUAGCAGCAGAAGAUAUCUAGGAUUAUGCUCCAAAUAUGCCUGAAAACAUGGAUGGUCUCGGCCUUGAAUCUGAAAUAACAGAGAAAAGAACAUCAUCCACUAAUGUUACAAUGAAAUCUCCCAGUGAAAUUUUGAGAAUCAGAGCUCUUUUCUUCAGACAGUACAGAGAACACGUCCUUUUCUCUUAGCCCUUUCAAUAAUGUUUCAUCCAUGAAGAACAACUCAGAAAGCGAAAGCGAAGAGGAAGUAGUCAUCUAUCUGAAGAACAAUCACAGCGAGGCCAUACUCACAUCUCAUCUCGAGCCAAAAGAAGAGCACUAGGGUUAUGAAGGCAAACAUGAACUGGUUCAUAUGGAAAUCCCAGAUCACAUGAAAAAAUACAUCACAGACAAAUCUGAAGCAAAAUCAAAUAAGCCAAAGAUUGCCGAGAAAGGCAUAUGGCAUGAAAAUGAAGAAAAGGAAAGAGUAUAGGCCACAGCCACAUUCUGAUUUUUCUCCAAGAGGUAUUCCUCCAAGAGUUUUAGGAGCUUCUGUGUUGACCCCAAGGGGAACCAGGCCUGUGUCUAGCGAGGACGACCUGAUGGGGAAAUCCAUCAUCAUAGGAGUGCCAAGAUGUGAUUUCAAUGAUUAUGAGUUAUAUGUUCCAAAACAAGAGCAGGGUGAAGAUUUUGAAUAUGAAUAUGUAGAGUACAAAGACCCUUAUAGCAAACAAGCAAAUGUUCAAAGCACAGUGCUUAAUAUAACAUCUCAGCAUUUCUUAAAACUUGCUGGAGACAAGGAUACCAGAACUUAUUUCAUCUCAGUUGAAGAGGAAGAAUGGGAUUAUGCUGGUUAUGGGCAGAGGAGGCUUGAUAUAUCAUCUCAAAAUGAGAGGCCUACAGCUUUCAAAAAAGCGGUGUUCAGAAAGUACCCUGACAGCACCUUUAAUAUCCGAGACAUCAGAGGGGAAAUGGAUGAACGCCUGGGAAUUCUGGGUCCGGUCAUUAAAGCUGAAGUUGAUCAGACUGUUAUGGUAUUUUUCAGGAACCUUGCCAGCCGCCCGUACUCUUUGCAUGCAAAUGGAGUAAAGUACUUAAAGCAAAUGGAAGGCCUGAGUUAUGAUGAUCAAUCACCGGACUGGUACAAACAGGAUGAUGCCGUACAACCCAACAGCACCUUUAUUUACAUGUGGACUAUAAAUUCGAAAUCUGGACCUCAAAAUAAUGAAUCUGACUGUCGAACGUGGACCUAGUACUCUGCAGUGAAUCCUAUAAGAGAGAGAUAUAAACUCUGGGCUGAUUGGACCGCUUCUGGUGUGCAGGAAGGGUACACUGGAUAAAAAGCCUCUGGACAGAAGAGAGUUCAUCCUGCUUUUUAUGACGUUUGAUGAGAAUAAGAGCUGGUACUACGAGGAGAAUCGGAAGAGGAUUGAAAGGAAAAACAAAACAGCAGUCAUGGAUCCAAAUUUUCAAAAUAAUUUAAAGUUUGACACUAUCAAUGGUAUUAUCUACAGUCUCAAAGGACUACGAAUGUACACAAAUCAGCUAGCGAAGUGGCAUCUGAUCAACAUGGGCUGUCCUAAAGACCUCCACAGUGUCCAUUUCCAUGGUCAAACGUUCAUAAAUAAGGAGUUAAAGGACCACCGUCAGGGUAUUUACCCACUUUUAUCAGGUGGAUUUGCCACAAUGGAAAUGUUGCCUUCAAAGCCUGGUCUCUGGCAGCUGGAGUCUGAAGUUGGACUCUCACAGCAGAGGGGAAUGCAGACGUUAUUCCUUGUGUUAGAUAACGUCUGUGAUCAUCCUCUUGGUCUCAUCUCUGGAACUGUGAAAGAUGAACACAUUGCAGCAUCUGACUCUAGAGACUUUUGAAGGAAACAGCGAAGCUUAUGACACAAAGGAGAAUAUAUUUUUCCCACCUCUGAUUGGACGAUAUGUGAGGCUGCAUCCUUUACAUUCUUACAACUACCCAACUGUCCGUUUGGAGUACUGCGGUUGUGAGCUUGACGGUUGCUCUGUGCCAUUGGGAAUGGAAAGUGGCCUCAUUAAAGAUGCUCAAAUCACUGCCAGUUCUUUGGCCUUCAGUUGGUACCCUGGACAGUGGCAUCCUUGAACAAUGAUAUUCAGCCAUGGAUCCAGGUGGAACUCAAGGAUAAAAAGAAGAUAAGUAAGGGAUAAUCAACGGCUAGCCGUGCAUUAAAGGAUUUUAAAUGCACGACGUGGAGGCAAAGAACCACCCGACGCGAAGCGGAGGUGCAUUAACAGUUUGUCAACAUGUCUGUCCAGACUUGGGUACCCAGCAGCCUCCCAUAAUGAACAGCUCUAAGAAUGGGACGGUGGUGGCCAACUCCACUAACGGCCUGGACGACGACGGGCUCGUGGUCCUGGAGUCUGUCUCUAUCAUCAUCAUAGCCAUAUUGGCGUGUCUGGGGAAUCUGGUCAUUGUGGUGACGCUAUAUAAGAAGCCCUACUUACUGACACCCAGUAACAAGUUUGUCUUCAGCCUGACUUUGUCCAAUUUGCUGCUGUCUGUCCUAACGCUGCCCUUCGUUGCGGCCAGCUCGGUGCGUCGGGAUUGGAUGUUUGGAGUGGUGUGGUGUAACUUCACAGCACUGCUCCAUUUACUUGUCAGCUCAUCCAGCAUGCUUACACUUGGAGCCAUUGCCAUUGACAGGUACUAUGCUGUUUUAUAUCCCAUGAUCUACCCCAUGAAAAUCACGGGAAACCGAGCUGUGCUCGCCAUUGUUUACGUGUGGCUCCACUCCCUGGUCGGAUGCCUGCCGCCGCUUUUCGGUUGGUCCGCGUUCGAGUUUGACCGCUUCAAGUGGACCUGCACAGUGGCUUGGCACAAGGAGAUCAGCUAUACUGCCUUCUGGGUUACGUGGUGCUGCCUUCUGCCACUGGCAGCCAUGCUGGUCUGCUAUGGCGUUAUCUUCCGUGUGGCCCGCAUCAAAGCUCGGAAGGUUUACUGUGGUAACGUGGUGGUGGCUCAGGAGGAGUCCAGUUCUCAGAAGAACGGCCGCAAGAACUCUAAUACUUCCACAUCUUCUAGUGGAAGCCGCAAGAGCCUGGUGUACUCUGGGAGCCAAUGCAAGGCCUUCGUCACCAUUCUGGUGGUGCUGGGGACGUUUCUGACCACUUGGGGUCCAUAUGUGGUAGUUAUCAGCACUGAAGCACUGUGGGGUAAAGACAGUGUUUCUUCACAGAUGGAGACGCUGGUCUCCUGGCUGUCCUUCACCAGUGCCGUGUGUCAUCCGCUUAUUUAUGGGCUGUGGAACAAGACAGUACGUAAGGAGUUGUUGGGCAUGUGCUUUGGCGACCGCUACUACAGAGAGUCUUUUGUUAUACGGCACCGGACCUCUCGUCUCUUCAGCAUCUCUAACCGGAUAACGGAUUUGGGAAUGUCUCCUCACCUGACGGCCAUGUUAGUGGGCGGUGGGCAGCUCCUGGGCCGUGGCAGCAGCACUGGAGACACUGGCUUCAGCUACACCCAGGACUCAGCUACAGACGUCAUGCUGUUGGACAGCUACAACUCAGAGCCCUCCCACUCGGCCCACUGUGCUGCCAAUAAAAGAAGAAGUUCUGUCACAUUCGAAGACCAAAUGGAUCAGAUUCCUAAAGUAGUCCAAGUGACAGCAGACAUCCACAAGUCUUUGGACAGCUUUGCGUCCUCUCUGGCUAAGGCUAUAGAGAACGAUGCCAAGCUUCAACUCUUUGGGGAAUGGACUCAAAUUCCAACAAGUCUGUUCACAGUACGAAACACACAGAGAGCUCCCCGUUACCUGGAUGGACAGAGACUCAGGAUGGAAAGCAUCGAUGAAGGAAUAGUUAAAGAUGAUGACGAUGAUGAAGAGCGUAAGGAAAAAAUAGCUAGCAACUGCUGCUACUUGCCUUGGAGAGACCAAAGACCUACAAUGAUGGCUGUACCUGCAAGGCAUCAGGUACUAGAAGCCCUACUGUCACUCAUCAGAAGAAGUUAUGUUUUUGUAACAUAAAAGUUAUUGUAAAGUCAUGUACAGCCCUCGUAUAUUUGUCAGGUAUUUCGCCUGUGUUGGGUACUGUGUGUCUUAUGUUUACUCUUUUCUUAUAUGGAAACUGUUAACCACUCCAUUUUAUACAUACUGACAGUUUGUAAGAAUGAUUAUCCUAGAGCUCUCCUCUCCACCGUUUUAAGUUCAGGUCUAUUAAUAUAUUAAAUUAUUUUAAGUGCCACAAGUUUCAAAGAAAAUAUACCAAAUGUCUAGGGGGUUAUAUUGACGUGGACAAAAGAAAUAACCUUUCAGGCCCUUACGCAUUAUAAAAUAUUUCUUCAGGCAUUGAAUUAACAUCAGAGAAUCAUGUAAAGAGAGAGAGAGAUACUGGGCAUAAUAAAAGGUAGAAUACCCUUAUACCCUGUUUUAUCCAUAGUUUUUGGUGGAAAAUCUGAUUAAAAUGUUUUGACUGAAUUUAAUGGUGCGAGAAAGCAUCUGCAGUGCCAAUACUGAAGUCAUUGGUACAAUUGCACUUGAAGAUUUUGUUACAUUUGAUCAGUGACUUCUCACAUCUGUGUUUUUGUUUUUACUAUUUUGGUUAGUGUACUCGGUAAGGAUUAAUCAUUCCUGUGGAAUCUUCUUUUUUUGCAUU